AUGCAGCUGCAACAGCCUCAACAACAAUUCAGUUCAUCACCGUCGCUGUCGUCCCCGCCAUCUGCGCUCUCUGAGCCUGGCUCUCCGACUCGGGUCAUCAACGCCGGCCGAGCCAAUAUUGAGAUGGACGAGAUCAUCGUCGAUCCUGGCUCUGCAGCUCGAUUUGGCAUCAUGCAGCAACACCAAUCCACCGAAAUACUCACGAAUGUCCCGCUGACUGCCGCGGGUCUCCCGCGGAAGAAGCCCGGCCGGAAGCCUGGCAGCACGGUCAAGCCCAAGACGCCCGCAGAUGGCAACUCGGCAAACUCUGAGCAGCCCAAGCAACGCCGGCCGCGGAAGCCUAAGGACCCCAAUGCCCCACCUGCUCAGCGGAAACGCAAGGCGGCUGCCGCCGACGGCAGCGACGCCGCUUCGGAGAUGGACGCCAGACCUGCCUCGGGCCCGCCUCGGCCCACCAAGAUCACCGAACUCACCCCGAUGCGCAUGGCCCUUGACCCGCGCUCACCCCUUAUUGAUAUUGGGUUUGCCCCGCUGGCUCCGAAACGGGAGAGCGGAUCAGGAUCGAUGAACAUGCAGAACCUCCUCAAUGAGGAACCCGAGCAGAAACCCAGGCCCCCACCCGCAGCGCCUGCCAGGCAGAUGUUCGACCCGAUCAGGGGCAACUAUGAUCCGAUCCGGGAAUCCAUGAUGACGCGUGAUCCCUAUGGCACUAGGCCCCUCGGCUCCCCGCGUGCACCCACCCAGCUUGUGAACCGGGCUAGCGCAUCGCCUUCGAUAGCCAGCUUGGUGGACCCGCUGCCGGCUACUACCGUUGUCUCGCCCUUGCCUUCACAUACUGCAUACCCCAACCCAAGUUCUCAGUCACGGUUUCAUGACUCAACGCCAAUGCCUCCCUCGCCUUCUAACGCCGCGCGGAGCGCUUCGCAAGCGUUGCCUAAGCCAACCCUUGCGGAAGCCAGGCGUCCGCCGCCACCUCCCCCAGCCCCGACCUCUACGCAUAGACCGGAACCAAAGACGACGUCUUUCACAAGUAUGACGAGUAUUCCCAGCGCCAAGUCUGCCGUCCCGGCAGCAACCCCGCCCGCGGCCGCACAGAGCAAAAAGAUCGCCGCUGUCGUCCAGCAGGAGCGCGACUCUAAUAAAAAGGCCCGCAGUUCCUCUUCAUCAUCUCCUAAGAUCACUAGCCUCAAGGACGCACUCCCUCCGCUGCCCGGCGCUGGCGAGCGCUCGAUCCUCGACUUCGGCAAGGCUCGCCCGGGCGAGGAGAUCGAGGCACCUAGCAUAUCCCUCCGCAUCCCCCUCAACCCGGGCGAGAACAACAAGUAUGUCAACUUCAUGCGCAUGGCCGAGGAGCGCUACGGCUGGGACGCACUACACCCGCGCCUGGCAGCCAGUCGGGAGCGCAAGGCCCGCAUUGCCGCGGCUACUGCUGCGCUGGAGAAGAACGGCAGUGGCAGGGACUCGGGCGAGGAGAUGGACGAGGAUAUAUUGCAAGGCUCAGAUGCGGGCGAUAGCAAUGUGGAAAUGGGUGGUAUGGGCAACGGGACUGCCGCGGCGCCGGCUAAGCCAGCACGGAAGAAGCGGAACUGGAGGGAGGAUGAGUACGACAAGGACGACGACUUUGUCGACGAUUCGGAGCUGCUCUGGGAGGAGCAGGCCGCUGCGAGUAGGGAUGGCUUCUUUGUCUACUCUGGUCCUUUGAUUUCCGAGGUCGAGAAGCCUGCCGUUUCGGAGGAUCGCCCCAAACGCGGACGUGGUGGGCGCGGGAGAGGAAGCAGGGGCGGUGCGGCCAGGGGCGAGGGCAGUGGACGGGGUAGAGGCGGUGGGCCGGGCUCGAGAGGGGGCACGGUCAGGAAGCCGAGGAUUACGAAGGUGGAGAAGGAGCAGCGAGAUCGGGAGAAGGCGGAGCGAGAGAAGCUUGCGCAAAUGGCGUCCAAGACGGGGUCGGGUGCGGCAACUGCUGCCGCGAGUCUUUUAUCGCUCAGCGCGACACCGGGCCCGGGUCACGGGUCUAUGUCCGAGAUGGCUACCUGA